AUGGCUCCCGGUGGCCCCCCUGGAUCAGGCUCUCGUGGCCGAGGAGGAAAAUUCAGAAAGCCCGCCAGAGGAGGUGGCAAGAAGUUCUCUCGCGAUAUUCGACCUCUCGAUGCCGAUGGAAACGAAGUCAGCAUGUGGGCUGUUGAUCAUGACAAGGACGAGGGUGACGAAGAGGAAUCUUCCGAGGAGGAAUCCUCUGAAGAGGAGGACAGCGAUGAUGCUGCAGAUGCCGGUCCUGCCCAGGAACUUUCACAAGAGCAGUCGCGAGAACUUCGCAAAGCCGAGAAGAAGGCCCGCAAAGAGGCAGCGAUAGCCAGAUCGAAGGCCAAGACAGUCGAGGUCGGCGAUCUACCCUCAAGCGACUCUGACGAGAGCGACAGCGACUCUGACGACGAUAUGCCAGCCAACCCCAACCACUCCAAGAAGGCACGCAAGCAGGCUACCGCGGGAGUCGAUGAACUUACAGAAGACAUGGAGAACUUGCAGGCGGCGCCUACUCGACGUGAGCGCGAGGCCCUCGAGGCUGCAGCGGCCAAGGAGAGGCACAUGCGCCUGACGGCCCAGGGUAAGACUGACGCUUCCAAGGCCGAUCUGGAACGUCUCAAGGCUAUUCGUGAGCAGCGUGCCCUUGAUGCUGCCCGAAGACAAGCUGAGCGCGAAGAGAGGGAGGAGCAAGAAAAUGUCAAGAAAGCCGAGUUCGAGGCGAAAGAGGCCCGCAAACGAGAGGCUGCUCUCGGAAAGAAGGGCAAGAAGAAAUAG